UUGGCCACGUCCCCAAGCCACGUCGCGCUUUGCUCGCCAUUUUCCCAUUUUCUGAAGCCAGAAUCCGUCUAUUCUAGUGUCACGGUGUCAAUUUAUACACUCACCGUUACCGGAGACGAACGGAGCUCUUAUAUAUAGGGUCUCACCUCUGCCGGAGCUCCCAUAAACAUGAACAUUUUCCGGCUAACCGGCGAUCUCUCCCAUUUAGCAGCCAUCAUCAUCCUGCUGCUAAAAAUAUGGAAAACCAGGUCUUGUGCCGGUAUUUCUGGAAAGAGUCAGGUUCUGUUUGCCUUGGUGUUCACCACUCGCUACCUGGACCUGCUCACCUCCUUCAUCUCUCUCUACAACACCACCAUGAAGAUUAUCUACAUUGGGUGUGCGUACGCCACUGUGUACCUGAUCUGCGCUAAGUUCAAGGCGACUUAUGAUGGGAACCAUGACACGUUCAGAGUGGAGUUCCUGGUUGUCCCCGUUGGUGGCUUGGCUUUCCUGGUCAACCAUGACUUCUCUCCCCUGGAGAUUCUGUGGACCUUCUCCAUCUACUUGGAGUCGGUGGCCAUCCUGCCACAGCUUUUUAUGAUCAGCAAGACUGGUGAGGCGGAGACCAUCACCACCCAUUACCUGUUCUUCCUGGGACUCUACAGAGCCCUCUACCUCAUCAACUGGAUAUGGAGGUUCUACUUUGAGGGAUUCUUCGACAUGAUCGCCAUCGUUGCUGGGGUGGUACAGACCAUCCUCUAUUGUGACUUCUUCUAUUUGUAUGUAACGAAAGUGCUGAAAGGAAAGAAGCUGAGUCUGCCAGCCUAAGUGCCAAAGAAGAGGGUUCUGGCAGACUCAUAGAGGGGGGUCGGAGGGGAGGAGGAGUGGCGGUGGACACCUCCCACAGCCCCCAACCCCACCCUCCACCACCACUUCUUCUCCUCCCCUUCCGCCAGUGUAAGAUGCCUGAGACAGAGAGCGAAUGGGAGCUGCUGGCUGCACCGUCUUCUGAUCCAGAAUCAGUGGAAUCAGAACCCCUGCAGAGGCUGGUCCGUGGCCUUCGGAUUUCUGUUUGAUGCAUCUUGCCUUAACUUUUUUUUAUUACUCUGUAUAAAGGAAGGGAG